CUAAACGGAGAGUAAAUGGCAAAAUUGUAUUUUGUAAAGUUCUUUAAGACUCCAUAAUGUUUUCGAACUAUUAAAAAUUAUUUUCCUUAGAAGGAACUGCAACUGCAGUAAACGUAUAAGUAGAAGUAAAUGUGCGUAAUUCAAAAAGUCGAAAAUUUGAAAUUUCAAUCUCCUGACUGAAUCACGUAAUAUUUGUUUUGGUAAUGAGAUGUUUAUGAAAUGGCGGAGAAGAAUGAGGAAAAUAAAGAAGGGAAAACAUGUCAAAGAGGACCAGAAAGCAAAAGAAUGGAUGAUAUUAUUAGAGAUACUAUUAUCGUGAGUAAAAUAAGAGAAAAAGAUACAAAUACUUUUAAAGAAAUUGAGGAAGGAUUAAUUCAAGAUGGAAAUUUAGAAAAGGAGCAGAUUGCAGCUGAAUAUGAAGCUAUUGUUAAGAAACAGCUUCAGAUGCUCCAAGCAGAUGAGCGAGGAAGACAAGCUCUUCAGAAUGAAAUAGCUGAAAUUAAGAGAAAACAACAAACAAGAGCAGAUGUAUUGAGAGCAAGAGUAAAGGCUCUUGAAAUUGAAAAAGAAAGGGCAAAAAGGAUUGCAAAUCGCCCACCUCCAUUGCCUCGUUCAGUGAAAUUGCUGUUGAAGGAACAAGCAAAAAAGGAUUCUGAAUUGGUGAGUGAAAAUUUAGCUUCAAACAUAUCCCCAUUGGAAGAGAUCUCAGAGGAGAAUAUUGAGAACUUGGAAGAUAAAGAAAAUAUCGACGAAGAGUAUCUUGCAGAAAGACGAAAAAUGCAAGAAGAAUGGGAUAAGAAAGCAAAGAAACGAUUCAAUGAAGCUUUAAAAAAAAAUCGUCAAAAACAGGAACAUGAUGCAAUUUUGAAAGAAAUUGAAAAUGCAGAAAAGAUUAAUAGACGAGAAAUGGCAAGAAAUGUAUCUGAACCUAUGGGAAAAGUGCCUUGUUAUUUGCCAGACAAACUGCAUCAUGCUGAGAAGCAGGUAGCCAUGGAAGAUGUUGUUCAGAAUAUUUUCAAACAGAAAAAUCCUAAAGAACAUGUAGUUGAAGAUUUGGAAGGCUAUGAAGAUAAGUGGGAAGCCAAAUAUAAGCAGAUUGAUUCAGCUUCGGAGUCUAAAAUGGUUGACUGUGUGCCCAGUUUUCUAAAGGAAAAUUAUUUUUACUUAUUGCAAGAGGAAAGCGUUCUUCAGUGUGGAAAACAUUUUUCAGGACUUGAUGACAGCUUCGACGAUUUAAACACAGCCUACAUUGAAUCACCUCCUGCUGACAUAUUGAACAGCAGUAAGGAAAUGGAUGCUGUUAUAAGCCAACUUGAUCAAAUGCGGAUGGAACUAAAUGAAGCAUAUGAAAAAGAAAUCAAGCCGCUUUUGGAAGCUGAAGCUCGGCCUAAAAUUUUGUCAUUUGACAAAUCAGUUGAAGCUGAUAUAUUGAAGUUGCCCACUGAAGAUAAAGCAGUUGAAGUUGAGAAGACUCCUGUUAAAAUGGAAGCACCAUUAUUUUCAAAAAGUACCCAAGCUGAUUUAUUGCAAGGAGGUGUCAUGAGUUUUCAACGAAGAGAUCCUGGAAACAUGUACAAGUCACAUGCAAGUAAUUCUGGUAGGUAUCUACCAGAAUCAUUUACAUGCCAAUCGGAUACUGGUUCAGAGAUGAAGAGUCCUAGAAGUCCCUUGGAAUCUUGGUCUUCUUCUAGUUAUUUGUCUUUGCCUUCAAAACUUGGUUUGCCAAAAGUUUGUAAGUUUUGCGAUUCACCUGGAUGCACCAUUCCAUUGGUUGAAGAUAAAAGAUUUCAUAAAGACUGUGUUCCAUUAGCAAAGAGUUUAAGUAAACAAUCUGAUGACUUAAUUGCAAAAUCUCUCCCACCUGAAAAUGUCUCUCCUGAUGAAUUAGUCAAAGGAAAAGACUCAUCAAGCGACGAGUUGCAUUCAAAUUCAAUAAAAUCUAAACUUACAUCAUACAUCCAGUUAGUAGCUGAUAAGUAUUUAAAAAAAGUAACAUCGCCUGAAGUUAAUUCAGAAAGAGCAUCAGGCGUUGCUAAUCGCACACCUGCUGUGAUUGAUUCGAAAAGCCUGACUGCAUUUUCUAAAUAUGUUGAAAUCACUGAUAGAAGACCUGUUGAUACUGAUCCUUCUCAAAUUUCACCAGUUUCAUUUGGGCAAUUCUUCAGGGUACGGAAUAAAAUAGGAGAAGAAAUUAAAUCCCAUAGUGACGAUAAAAUCGAACAGUAUGAAUGUAAAAAGUUGGAGCUAAAGAGUUCAGAAUAUGCCUUACUAAAUAAUACUAACAGCUCUAGUGAAGAUGAAUUAUUGCAAAAUUGUCAUGAAGUCAUUGCUACAAAUAUUUCACAUGCAUUUUCCAUAGAUAACAGACUUAAAACUGUAUCAGCAGAAGUUUCUUACUCUCCUGACCGAUCUGUUAGCCCUGAUGUUGCAAUCGAACAACCUUCCAAAAAAGAAAGUCUAACUGGAUAUGUAUAUCAUGAUUUAAGUACAAUCCCUGAAAUGGAUUCGUUUCUUACUAAUGAUACAAAGGAAUCAUCUCUCGAUGUAGAGCAAAGGUCUCCUGAGAAUGAAUCAUUACCCGAGAAGGCCAACUUAGAAGACAUUUCAUCUGAAGAAAUUGACACUACUUCUGCCAGUUUAGUUGAUGCACCAGUUUCUGAAGUAGCGGAAAUAGCCAGGAGUAUUCGAUUUAUUCGAAAGCCAUCACCAGAACCCAUAGAAAUGCAUGGUGCAACUGAAGAGCAAGCCCCUCUUAUUGCAGGUACUCUUUCCGACUUACAGACACCAUCUUCUAUUGUGAGCAACAUGCAGACUCCUAAGCAUCAAAUUCCAUAUAUUCAAUUUCUUUCUGAUGAUCAGGUUUCAGAUUUUUCUUCUAAUGCAGAUGUCAAAACAUCUGAUGCUGGAUCUGGGUCGUAUGACCUUCUUACACCUUCAUCAGUGUCAACUCUUAAAUCUGUAUCUGGUUCAAAAUCUCAGGUAUUACCAUACUCAUCCAGUUUACGAGACUCAAAAACCAUUCAGUCUCCUCUGACCAGCAUGUCGGCCUUAUCCAAAUACUUUCAUGAUAUAAGUAGUAUCGGGCAUGAUAGUGAACCACCCUCGAAAAGUUCAGUUCAAAUGGAUAUCAAAAGGCAAACUGAAUUGCAUGAAAGUUCAUCAGGUGCCUUCAUGCCAAUGACUCCACAAACUUAUUUGUCUACACCAAGUCAGAUCUCUGGAAAACAGAAAGAUUAUAAUAUUAUAGAAAGGAAUCAUCAAUAUUCUCUACAAAAUAAAAAUGUUUUGGAAACUUUUAAAACACCUGAAAGUAAUGCAGAUAGUUUCAAACCAAUGACACCUCAUUCCAAUUUCUCUAGUGUUUAUAAAACUCCUUUUAAACAUCAGUCUUUAAGCACAAAGCCUUUCUCCCCUAGAAAAGAUACCAAGCAUGCAUCUCAAAUCGGUGUUUCUUCUCAAAAGAUUGCCGAUGACAGCAGUUUGAGUACUUUCAAGCCAUUAUCUCUUUUAUCUAAUGUUUCAACUCCAAAAAACAUUUCUACGAAACAAACAAAUAUUUCUUCAAAUGAAAAAGGAGCUCAAAUUUUGAAUAAAAUUAAUGAAGAUUAUCAAAAUGAGAAUACUGCAGGUACUAAUUUUCAACCAAUGACUCCACAUUCAUAUUUUUCUAGUCUAAGCAAUAUUCACGCACCAAGUGGUAAUAGGUUGAAUGAGUUUUCAACUGAGGAAGAAUUGAAAAAAGGAUCUUUAAAUUUAAGACUAAAGAUUCCUCAUCCUUUUAAGAAUAAAACUACUAGUCAAACUUAUGAAGAACAAGUGGCAUCUAAUAGUCCGAGUUUCAUUUACCCUGUACAACUCAGAUUAGAUGUUAAAGAUCUCACAAAUUCAUCUGCAGAUAUUAGAAGCAAUGUCAUGGCAGAAUCUAAUAUUCAGCAAGACUCAUCUAGAGAUGACUUAUUAAAAGGGGAUCUUUCUGCAAGACAAAUGUUGUUCAGUAAAGCUCCACUUAAAAAUUAUUCUGAUUCUAAAGGUGCUGAUGUCCAAUACACCAAAGGGGCUGAAAAAGCAGUGAAAGUACCUAGUGCAGGAUUUACUCCUCAACUCAAUCUGGAGGAUUUUACUCCAUCUGAAAAGAAGGAAAUAGAUAAAAAUAAAAAUAAUAUAUCUGCUGCACAAAUGUUAGCAUCAGCAAAAAGUGUUAAAAGCAAUAAAACAGAUUCCUCUUCCAAAUCUCCAGAUAGAUUUUUGCAUUCAACAAAUAAUAAUGGAGCAUUUGUAAACUCGAGUAGCUCUCAAAAAAAUUCUGCAUUAACUAUUAAUAAUGAUUUAAAGUAUUCUCAAGAAAAAUUGCCAAGUAGUAUCAAUUCUGUUGAGAAGGAACGUGGUUGUUCUUCAUCCAGUCAUAGUGAAGCACGUCCACUUUCAACAUCACCAAACCCCAUUUUGCAAGCUUUGGCGCAGCAACUUGCAUCCCCUUCAGAGAAAUUGCACAUACCUUGUACAACACCUAGCAAUGGUAGUUCUACAACAAAUCUUUCAGAGAUGUUUGGUGAAUCCAAAAUAACAUAUAAGUCAACUUCUGUCAAAAGCAUAGAAGAAAUAAUUCAGGAAACUGGAAUAAUGGAGGAACCCAGUUUAACUUUGAUGAACACAGAACUCACCAUCAGACCGGAUUCUCCACAAAAGCCCAGAUUAUUCUCAGAAGCCUGUAGUUUGCUUAGUGAUGAUUUAAAAACACCUUCUAGUCUUCAAAGUGCUACUUCCACCCUAAAUACUUUAAGUACACCCAGUGAUACUGCAUCUAGCCCAUAUUACUGUGACUCUCCAUCAUUAUUAUCUUUCUUGAAGCAUGAGCAAAGCUGUAUGAAUUCUGAUAAUAUUGAAGAAAAGAAAUUAUCAUCUAAAAAGACUCCUCAAAAUGAAUAUAAGAAACGUACCAAAAGGUUAUGGAAUAAUCUUGAAGAAGUUCGGACCAAGAAAUUAUUGGAAGACAGAAAGGAACAAAUGAGACAGAAUCGUUUAAAGAUGAAAUCAUAUUCAAAGAUAGUUACAAAACCUAAGAAGAACUGAAUUGAAAUUGAUCAAGUUCGAUGAAGUCGGUGGCAAUAUUUGUGAUGUGAUUAUGUUUUGAAUUCUGAAUUCAAUUAGAACAUUUCUAAUAUAUUGUAUUUUAUUUGUUUGUUAAUUCCUGGGAAAAAUUUAUAUUGAUGGAUUUUUAAGGUAGCUUUUAUAUUUGAAACAUAAUUUUAGUGAGCUUUUUAAAAAUUUGUAUAUUAUUUUAAUACUUUUGAUAUGCAAAUUUGUCAAAUAAAUUUUGAAUAUCAUUGG